CAGAGUUGUUUUUGUCGACCUUAGACAACAAAAAAGAAAUGACGGUUGGUGGACUAGCAAACAUUAACAUUGAUUGUGAUAAGAAAGAGAUAUCAAUAUUUUGCAAACAUGAAUUGCCUCAAACAGGAUCCAAAAUCAUUGGUGUUGUGUCUGUGCUAUUUGUUCAACAACCUGUUUCAACAACACUGAAAGAUUCCCUAGGGUCUGGUGUGAAAGAUGGCACAACUCUUGGACCGAAAUCCUCCUUUUGUCACAGAGAUCAGUUAGACUUUAAAGGAAGUCAAAAAUUGGAUGUGCCAACGUCACUAUCAGUUAUUGACCUUCCAUUUGGUGAUAUAUUGGAAAAACAUUUUCCGAAAUCCUUUUCUCAGGUUGAAAAAUCAGAAGAGUCUUGCAGUUCAAGGAUACAAGUAGAACAACAGCAAUUUAAAAGCUACAAUAAUGAAGCUGUGGCAGAAGAAGAGCCUCUAUCAGCUCAGAAAGUCAUUGUAGAUUUAAGUGGAGAAUCUGUAGAUUCAGAGGCAGUUAAUAAUAUGCCCUAUAAUACAUCACACAGAUUCAUACAAAAGCAUUCCGAAUCAAAAUCCCAGAGUAACAUUUCAUCAGGUCAUCAAUCAUUGCGUUCAAAAACAGCAUCUCACCAUAGACCUAACACAAAGUUGCAAAAUGGUUCGCAUGUUGCUACUAGAUAUAUGGCAAUGUCUCGUCCAUCUUUUCAGCAUGAACGAUUCAAAACAAAUAACAGAGAACCAAGUGCAUCAUAUAACAUUCCAAAGUCAUCCCAGCAAUUGUCCCCUCAUAAAAAUCCCAGGUCAAUCAUUCUUAAGCGCAGGGGAUUUGAUUUACAGUGUUUUGUCUGCCUUCAAGUUCUUGAAACUUACCGACAAGUUGGCGAGCACUGUAGGUUACAUAACCUGAGACAACAAUGUCCAGUUUGCAGAGCUAAAUUUUCAGCUACCUCCAACAUGAAGAGACAUUGUCUUGGACAUUUCACUCCAGUAGGUUUUCCAUGUUCUUUCUGCAAAGCAACAUUUAGGAGAAAAGACAAUCUUCGAACACACAUGUUACGGCACGUGCAUAGAAAUGGCAAAGGAAAUGAAUCAGAAAAUAGAAGAUCAAAUGACAGCCUGGACAGUGGAACCUCAUCAAAAGAUAUGGAGUGUGAAAAGGAAGAAUCCACUGAACGAAAACCAGUAUCUGAAACCGUCACCACAGUUGAAAGUGUUGUGCAUAGAUCACCUGAAAAUGAAAAAAUUAAUGUGCCAAUCAAGCACAAAAUAGAAGAGGUAAUACAUAUAGACUCGGAAACUGUGCAAGAAUUAGUAACAGCUGAUAACCCAAAUGAGAGCAUGUCUGAAGAUUAUGUGACAGAAAGUCUGCAGCAAGGUAAGGAAGAAGGGAAUCUGGGAAAUCAGGAGAGAAUUGUCAACUACAACUGUAGCUCAUGUGGACUAGAAUUCUCAGAUUUGCAAAGCAUCAGGAAGCAUGUGGUCAUGCACCAUGCAGAGCAAAUAAAUCCAGAACCAAGUGGGGAGGUGGAUAUUCAGUUUUUGCAUCAUCAGACAGAGGUGUUCCAGGCACAAAAAGAAGUCCAAAGCCUACCUAGUUUACCAAACGAGUCUAGGGAAUCGGAUAUCAUGGAAAGCAAUGACUCAAGUUUGGCAAGCAACAAAAUCUCAUUCUCAAACCAAGAUUACAACCUCUCAGAUGUAAUUGAUAUCGAAAGCUUGAGUCAAAUGUCAAAUGGUGACACAAACCAAAGUGAAAUCUCUUCUGAACAAAGUUCAUUCACAGAUAUUUAUUCUCUAAGUAAACCUACCUCAUCAAGUACACCUAUAUCUACCUCAGGUCAAGCCAAAAGAGGCAUGCUAAGUUUGACAACACUAGUGUGCAGUAUAUGCAAGCAGUAUUUGCAUUCAGGAGAUGCCAUUAUGGAGCACCAACUCAUGCAUGCUAAUGUUAUGGGAAGCAAACUCUGGUGCGUAGCUUGCCGUACUCAUGUCAGUUCCAAAGACUGUUUACGACGCCAUAUCAGCAAUCACAUGGGCAAUCGAUUUCAAUGUCCAAUGUGUUCUAGUGUAUAUAGCAGAAAGGACAAUUUGAAGAAACAUGUUAAGGAUGUCCAUCAUCUUCACUAUGACAAAAAUGGAACCGUAAGACCAUUGACUUUCUUCCAAGAAUAACCUUUUGCGAUUUCUCUGGUGAUUUUAUGGUAGUUGUCAAUAAUUCUGGAUAUUUGUUUUGUUUCUGGAAAGUUUUUUUCAUAGAAACUUUGAUAUGAUUUGUAUUUGUUUCUAAUUUUACAAAGAAAGCACUUGUUUGUACAUCUUUAUCUAUUUAUUAGUUUUUAUGAAUUUUAAGUUGAAUGUGUUUUUCUUUAAAUUUAAAAGAUAUUCGUAACAGUUACGAAAUUUUUCAUAUUUUUAUAAAUAUGAAACAAGAAUUUACAUAGAAAUAAAAUCUUUACAAAUCAAGUAUUGUUUGAUACCAUGAAACUAAGAGAGAUUUCAUGAAAUGUGUUUCUGUAAGCAUAUGUAAACUAAUAUUUCAGUUCAUGUGAUAUUGAUUUAAUAAUAUAGCGUAAAUAAAUUGUACAAUGUAUACACA